AUGGCUUCCUCGGCCGCCGCCGCUCGCCGCCUUCUCCUCCUCCGCCACCGCCAUGGCCAUCUUCUCCCCAAACGCCACUUCUCUUCCUCUUCCGCUGCCGACGGCCUCGACGACGGCGGUGGCGGCGGCCGCGUCAAGAUCUUCGACCGCGACCUGAAGCGCCGGCACCGGGACCGCGCGGCGUGGGCGAUGCGUGAGACCGACGGGCUCGUGGAUGCCGUCGCCGAAAACCUCCUCGACCGCCUCGAGGACUGCAGGAAAGCCUUCCCCUCCGCGCUCUGCCUCGGGGGCUCCGCCGGUGCCGUCCGCCGCUUGCUCCGCGGCCGCGGUGGAAUUGAGAGGCUGAUCAUGAUGGACAUGUCAGCCGACAUGGUGAAGAAGUGGCGAGAGUCAGAGAAUUCCAGUGGUGACGAACCUGAGACGCACUUUGUUGUCGGCGAUGAGGAGUUCCUUCCAAUCAAAGAGAGUUCACAGGAUUUGAUAAUAAGCUGUCUUGGACUUCAUUGGACAAAUGAUCUACCUGGAGCAAUGAUACAGUGUAGGCUGGCAUUGCAACCUGAUGGCCUUUUUCUGGCAGCAAUUCUUGGUGGAGAAACACUGAAGGAGCUUAGAAUUGCAUGCACAGUUGCUCAAAUGGAACGUGAAGGGGGCAUCAGUCCUCGAAUGUCCCCUUUAGCGCAGGUCCGUGACGCAGGAAACCUUUUGACAAGGGCAGGUUUCACUCUUCCAGGAGUUGAUGUUGAUCAGUAUACCGUUAAAUACAAUAAUGCUUUUGAACUUGUUGAACAUCUUAGAGCAAUGGGGGAAACAAAUGCUCUCUUUCAAAGAAAUCCUGUGUUGAAAAGGGAUACAGCCUUGGCAACUGCAGCAAUUUACCAGUCAAUGUUUGGGUUAGAAGACGGAUCUAUUCCAGCAACCUUUCAAGUAAUUUACAUGACUGGCUGGAGGGAGCAUCCAUCACAGCAAAAGGCUAAGAGAAGGGGUUCUGCGGCCAUAUCAUUCAGUGAUAUACAGAAACAAUUUGGUCCCAGUGAGAACUGA